AUGGAUAGGAACGAUCGAAAUGACUGUAUGCAAAGAUUAGCUUUUCUAUGGAAUUGCUCUCAUGCUUCUCUCCGACACAGCACACAAUUAUCGGGAUUCUAUAUCUAUCGUAUAAAGCAACUUGCCUCACAGUUUGGAAUAGAUUAUUCAAGUUCUGCCAACGAACUGAAAACUCCAACUUCAAGUCAUAAUAGAAAUUCAUCUAUAGCUGUCUCUAGCAUUUCAAAAAGUGCAAAGAAGCGAUCUAUGAUCCGUCAUUCAUUACUGACAUCGAUGUUAAAAGCUUCAGCUGCAAGUACUCCGCAGUCCUCACCAAGUCUAAAAGACUUUUUAAUGUCAACAUAA